AAUGAUUGCAUGCAGAAUUUUUUAUCAGUCACUGAAACGCAAAAUCUGUGUUAAAUAAAAGUUUUGUUUACUUAUUGGAUAUCUUAUUUCAUACCGUUGAGCUGAUGUAUCGAUGACAAGUGGAUGUUCUUUUUUCGGUUAUUUUGGCUGGGCUGUUGGUCUACAGUGCUCUAUUUUUGGUUAAUAUACACUAACCCUUUGAGCUGAGAGAUUAAAUUUGCGCAGUUCUGUAUCAUCGGAAUAUUGCUUGUGAAGCAAUACACUAAUCAAACAAAGAAUCGGCAUCAUAUACAGAUAACACGCAGAAGAUGGGCUUACCAGGAAGAAAACGAAAAAAUACACCAACAAAAAUUUCAUUAGAGAAAAUAGAGAGGGAUAAAGCUAUAAAUCCAGAAACUGGAAAAGCCUUCAAAUUUGAACCAAUCAUACAGACUAGACAUGCCAAGGCAGUCCAAGAUGGAACAGCAGGUGUCUCUGAAACAGCUCCUAAGCCAAGGGCUGCCUCACCCGAUAUCACUCCUAAGAAUAUUCCACAGGCCAAAAAAGACAAGACCUGGCAAUCCCAAGGCAGAGUUCCUGUUCCAGUAGAUGCUGUUGCUUAUUAUGAAAAGAAAUUUAAUUGCACUGUCAGUUACAAAAGUGACAGUGGCAAAGCCAAGAAUAGUAAAGACAAUGUCAAGCAUGUCAGUGCCAGGAAUGCCAAGGCCACGAAUGCCAAGGCCACUAAACCUGCACAAGUCUUCAAGUUUAUUGUCCCAGAUUUUGAUGGCAUUGUAAAGUCACCAGAUAGCAAUAGUGAGACAAGAAGCCCAGCUAAAAGUCAGUUAAAGACAAACAACUCCACUGAAGCUGUCCAAGAUUCUGACGAUGAAGGAGUUGACACAAGCGGUCAAGAUGGCAGUCCAGACACUACAUCUGACUGGACUGAGUCCACUCCUGCUGCACAGAAGCCACAGCCAAUGUCCCAGUGUGGUGGCGUUGGUGACAGUCGGCCACAAUUAAUGGUCAAGAAUGUGUCGCUCUCUAAGAACAUCGGUCGUGGUUGCUCAGUGGUUAUUGAGAAGAUGUCUACAGCCAUGCAGGGAGACGGUAGGGGUAAGCAGGGUGAUCCCAGUGUGCCCCACAAAACACAAUUGCCAUCUGCCUCAGCUAGCGCAAUGAUGUCACAGCCAAAUCUUCCUGCCAGCCGGAGCCAGCCAUUGCCGUCAACGUCACCAGUGUCCCCUGUUAAAGUAAUCAGCAAAGAUUCCAAAGUGGUGUGGCGCUAUUGUGCAAAGACUGCACAAAUGAUGGGCAAGGUGGACAGUCCAAGGUUGACCACCUUUGUUGCAGAAGGGACCCACGGGUUGCACAGUCCUCAGUAUAUCGUCCAGAAUAACACCACAGCAGUCCAGUCACUGAGGAAAGCCUUUGCCAGUCUGCCCGGGGGCCUGAUGUUGGGGGUGACAGCCCCUGAGCAUGGCCUCAGUGUUAUUACCAGGGAUUCUGUAAAGAUGUUCACCCAGUUUGGGCCCCUGGAGGGAGUUCCUGUUGCAGAUCACUUGAUUCUGCCCAAAACUGAUCUGAGGCAUGUCUGGAUAAUAGAAGACAGAAAAACAAAAAUGGAUCCCCAUGAUCGCCAUUUCAUCAGUACCUCAUCUGAAGAUGAAAGCAACUGGUGCAGAUAUUUACGCUACAAUGAAAUCAACCCCAAUCUCGAAGCAGUUGUGCAAGAUGGGAGACUGUACUUCGUAUCAACACGCGAUAUAGAACCAUUAGAGGAGCUCACUUUUUUCCAGAAUAUCCCACUUCCGAAAGAGGACUCCCCAGCUGAUUCUGUUCAGUACACCGGUGACAGUUCUGGGCACAUUGUUUGUGUGGGUUGUGAUGGCAACAAGGCACUGUAUCCAGCCAAUCAGUACUGGCCUUACUUGAAGCAUGUCUCAGUAUUUCACCCAGUGACAUUAGCCUAUAAGAGGAGGUUUUGCACUCGGUGUGGGGCUGUGAUGAGGAGUGCUGAUGAAUUCAAAAGACAUCAGAAAUCUCACUCUAGGUGACUUCAUUUAUCCUGAAAGGAGAUAACUUUAAUAUGUUUUUAAUGUUUAUCAGUUGUACAGAGCACAAGACUAAGUGUGUUUUAUGUCAGGAGGUUUACUGCUUUAAAAGUAACAUUCUAAUAAGACGUUGAUAUAAACAAUGAGUUGAAAAAAGGUUUUACGACAAGAGCAAAAGAAAGAUGAGAAAAACAAAAUCAGAAAAAAAGAACAAACUGAAAACAUUGCAGAUGAAAAAUUUUGAUAAUAGCUGCAAUGAACGUGAAAUGCCAAGUACAAAGUUAUUAUUAUUAUUAUCAUUUGUUUAUUUAUUUAUAUUUUUGCUCAUCAAAAUUUAAGCUAUUGAUAGGGAUUUGUAGGAUUUACUUAAUAUACUUAAAAUAAAUUGGUCAUUUUCCACAAAG